GAUGGAGGAAUGGUGGAAGGCCUUGGAGGAUGAAUUCAACCUGGAGCUCCGAGCCCUCUUUCAGUUCGAGAACCCUAAGAUGAAGAAGCUCCUACAGAAGCUGUUUAAAUCAUCCGUCCACGAGGAAGCAGAAAGCUUGGUGACCCAAGAUGACUUCCUGCUGGCUUGCAGGAUGGCGUCUCGGGAUGAGCUCAUGUGGCAUCUCGUCUACAUGAUUGCCGGCCACGAAAUGGACAGCGCGGAUGACAGGUCAACCUGUGGAGAAGAUCCUAUUGCAGCAAUUGUCAACUGGAACA